GCCUGAGCUAGAGAAGCGCAUGGAAGAAUGGGACCGCUACCCACGCAUCGGAGACAUCCUGCAGAAGCUGGCGCCCUUCCUCAAGAUGUACGGCGAGUAUGUGAAAAACUUCGACCGCGCCGUGGAGCUGGUCAACACCUGGACAGAGCGCUCCACCCAGUUUAAAGUGAUCAUCCACGAGGUGCAGAAAGAGGAAGCCUGUGGCAACCUGACGCUGCAGCACCACAUGCUGGAGCCUGUGCAGCGCAUCCCCCGCUACGAGCUGCUUCUCAAGGACUAUCUUCUGAAGCUGCCCCACGGCUCCCCGGACAGCAAGGAUGCCCAAAAGUCUCUGGAGCUGAUAGCCACCGCUGCAGAGCACUCUAACGCUGCCAUCCGCAAAAUGGAGCGAAUGCACAAGCUGUUGAAAGUAUAUGAGCUGCUAGGGGGUGAAGAAGACAUCGUCAGCCCCACCAAAGAGCUCAUCAAAGAAGGCCACAUCCUUAAGCUGUCAGCGAAGAAUGGGACCACUCAAGACCGAUACCUCAUAUUAUUCAAUGACCGCCUCCUCUACUGCGUGCCCAGGCUGCGGCUCCUUGGCCAGAAGUUUAGCGUGCGGGCACGCAUCGAUGUAGAUGGCAUGGAGCUAAAAGAAAGCUCCAACCUCAAUCUGCCUCGGACCUUCCUGGUGUCAGGAAAGCAGCGCUCCCUGGAGCUCCAGGCCAGGACUGAGGAGGAGAAGAAAGACUGGGUCCAGGCCAUCAACUCCACCCUUCUGAAGCACGAACAGACGCUGGAGACCUUCAAACUGUUGAACUCAACAAACAGGGAAGAUGAAGACACACCCCCUAACUCUCCAAACGUGGAUCUUGGGAAGCGUGCACCGACACCCAUCCGAGAAAAGGAAGUCACCAUGUGCAUGCGCUGCCAGGAGCCCUUCAAUUCCAUCACCAAGCGCAGGCACCACUGCAAGGCCUGCGGACACGUGGUUUGUGGGAAGUGCUCCGAGUUCCGGGCCCGCCUCAUCUAUGACAACAACCGCUCCAACCGUGUGUGUACUGACUGCUAUGUGGCCUUGCACGGGGUGCCUGGGAGUAGCCCAGCCUGCAGCCAGCAUACACCCCAGCGCCGGAGGUCCAUCCUGGAGAAGCAGGCCUCAGUAGCUGCGGAGAACAGCGUCAUCUGCAGCUUCCUGCACUACAUGGAGAAGGGCGGGAAAGGCUGGCACAAGGCAUGGUUUGUGGUCCCUGAGAAUGAGCCCUUGGUGCUGUACAUCUAUGGAGCCCCUCAGGAUGUGAAAGCCCAGCGCAGCCUGCCCCUCAUUGGCUUUGAGGUGGGGCCUCCUGAGGCCGGGGAGCGGCCCGACAGACGGCAUGUCUUCAAGAUCACCCAGAGCCACCUGAGCUGGUACUUCAGCCCCGAGACAGAGGAGCUGCAGCGGCGCUGGAUGGCUGUGCUCGGCCGGGCGGGCCGUGGGGACACGUUCUGCCCGGGGCCCACACUGUCUGAGGACAGGGAGAUGGAAGAGGCACAGGUGGCAGCUUCAGGAGCCACCGCUGAACCCUCUGAAGCCCCCCAGACCCGAGACAAGACCUAGAGGGUUUGGGGGGACUUGGGGCCCCCUGCCCCACACUCUAGCUGCCCAUGUCUGAUUGGGGGCCCCAGCCCCCUCCCUCCCAGCUCAGUCAAUACUUGAACUCCCAUCAUGGGCACUUUCAAUCCCGAAUGCUGGGUCUUGGGUUUUUUAAUUCAUCUUUUCACAAAAUGGGGGCUUUUAAAAGAAAUAUUCCUACAGUGAUGUUCAUUUUUUUUAAUCCCCGUCCCCAGGGAGGGUGGGAGCUGUUGCUAGACCUGCCUGAACUAGGCCGUUUCCCCAUCCCCUCAGUACCCCACAGAUCCUGCCUCUAUCCCAUCCCCCUAAAAGCACCAGAGGCAGGAGAGACCUGGAUUCAAGUGCCAGUUCUCCCACUGGGGCCCUGGCCCACCCCUGUCCCCUCACCCAGUGUCUUCAUACGUACGAUGCGAGGUGGGGCAGUGACCAGAUCCUUCCUGCCUCUCCAUGGCUUACAGCUUCUACCCAACCCCAAGGCUACCCAGUAUUUUAUCGUCCAGACCCAUGGCAGGGCCACCGGGCAGGACAGGGUAACAGGGGGGAAGAACAAUGGAUACUCUCAGUUUUGUUUUGUUUUUUAAAGAAAAAAAAAUACAGUUUAUUUCAGGCUUACGGAAA